CCUCCAACAACAGAAGCUUUUGAAAACAAAUCAUGCAGACACAGUUCGAUUCGCAAUAAUGGUAAGAACUGGCAACAGAAUGAUAGACCGAGGCUUGUUGGAAUACCUCCACGAAAGAAGCAACAGGAAAGCUCGUAGAAAAUAUAAAUAUGGCUCUCAUAACCCAGGAAUCUUCCAUCCAUAACUCCUCUACUGCACAGACAUCAUUCAAUAUGAGGCAUCUCGCUCUGGCUGCCACCAUCGCUGGUGCCAUCACGGCCUUCCCUGUCAUGGAUAACCCGGAGACUGUCGAAUUGUCUCGUCAGUUCAUCAAGCGUCAAGUCCCUGAUCCCCUAGGACAAGACGCUCUUGCACUCAGCAAGAGUCAGACGAACUGCGGUCCAACACCUUGCCUGACCUUCGACGAGAAGGAUCAGCUAGUCUCCAUCACCGGCGACCAUGCCUACGCCUCUCCUGCCCCUGGCGAUAUCCGCGGUCCCUGUCCAGGCCUGAACGCAGCAGCCAACCAUGGCUAUCUUCCUCGAAGCGGCAUCGUCUCCAUCGAGGAGACUGUGGCCGGGCUGGGCGCGCUAUACAACAUGUCCCCAGAGCUGGCCAUUGCCCUAUCAGCAUAUGCGAUUGCUACAGACGGCAACAUCCUCGAGGGCGUAUGGUCCAUCGGCGGUCCCCUCCCCGCCGACGAGCUCGCAGGAGGCCUGCUCGGCACAGGCCAGGGCCUCUCCUACAGCCACAACGCAUACGAAGGCGACGCCUCCAUCGGCCGCAAUGACGCCUACACCAACAACGGCGACGCGCACUCCCUCAACAUCACCAAGUUUGAGCACGUCUACGCGCUCGGCGGCGCCGAGGACCGCUACACGCUCGACAAGUUCCGCGCGCGCUUCGAAGGAGUCCAGAACGAAUCCAUCGCUACCAACCCGUACUACUUCACCGGCGCCUUCUCCACCGUCGUUGUUGUCCCAGCCGCGUACAACUUCGUCAUCAACUUCAUGUCUAACCACAGCGCCGCCGAACCCUCGGGCUACCUCGACGGCUACAACUUCAAGACCUUCUUCGGCGUCAGCGGCACGCCUGGCAACUUCGUCUGGGAGCGCGGCCAGGAGCGCGUGCCACCAGACUGGUACCGACGGCCCUCCACCAACCCCUACACCGCCGCCGACGUCUUCGAAGACGUCGCCAUCGGCUACGCCGCAUACCCCAACACGCUCAAAUUCGGCGGAAACACCGGGAAACCAAACACCUUCACCGGCCUGAACGUCGCAGAUCUGAGCGGCGGGGUGUUCAACGCACGGGAUCUGUUUGUCGGGAAUAAUCUGGCCUGCUUCUCGUACUCGGUGCUGCAGCAAGGGAUUCCGAAUUUUGCGAAUCCGUUGCUGAAUGGGGUGAAUCGCAUUCUUGGGUUUGUUGUGGAUAAGGUAAAGCCGAAUUUGCUGGGCGGGCUGAGCUGUCCCGAGUUGGGGAGUCAGUCUGCGGGUCUGUUUAACCAGUUUCCUGGGUACAAGUAUAAUCCGAGCGGACCGGGCACGAAUUAUUGAGCGAAGUCUCGAGAGACUCGGGGUAAGGUGAUAUGAGGAGGGUGUGAGCUAGCACAACAUAUCUCGUAUGUAGAGU